AUGGCCUGCAAGGAGAUUAAUUCUCCUGGAAAGUCGUCAGAGGAUGAAAAGAAUGCCGAUAUCACUCCAUCCAACGAGGAUGAGGCGAGUGCUGAGGCCAAUGAACCACAACCACCGAGACUGAGCUUGUUUCGGAAGACAUGGGAAUGGAAGCCGAAGCCCGCCCGGUACGACCCCGAUGAUCCUCCCAAGUUCUCCUUGUCUCUCAAUCUUCUUUUCUCCUUUGCCACCACCUUCACUGUGGCCAAUCUGUAUUACAAUCAAGCCAUCUUGAACAGGAUAGCAGACACUUUUGAUGUCACCUUCGAGAAGGCCGCAUCCAUUGCUACGCUGAUGCAGGCAGGAUAUGCUGCUGGCCUCCUGCUCAUCUGUCCGUUGGGAGACAUCUUCCUCCGCCGGCCUUUCAUCCUCGGGCUGAUUGCCUUCACCGCGACGCUGUGGCUGGGUCUCUGUCUGACAGCCUCCUUCGAGGUGUUUGCGGCGCUCUCAUUCAUCUGCGGCAUGACCACAGUGACUCCCCAACUGAUGCUCCCCCUCGUCGGGGAUCUCGCCCCACCGCACCGGAGGGCCAGCUCCUUGUCGAUAGUGGUCUCGGGUUUGGCCCUCGGCAUGCUGAUCGCCCGGUUGCUAUCCGGCAUCGUGGCAAACUACACCGACUGGCGCAACAUCUACUGGGUCGGCCUGGGGGCACAGUACCUCACCCUUGCCCUCCUCUAUGUCUUCCUCCCAGACUAUCCCUCCAAGAACCCGGAGGGCCUGAACUACUUCCGCAUGCUCUGGAGCAUAGUGCACAUCCUAUUCACCGAGCCCCUCCUGGUCCAGGCCUCCUUGCUCUCCUUCCUCAUCAGCGCCGUCUUCACCUCAUACUGGACCACUCUCUCGUUCCUCCUCUCGUCACCACCAUACAACUACUCGCCCGCCGCCAUCGGCCUCUUCGGCCUGAUCGGCGCCGCCGUGAUCUGCUCCGCGCCCAUCUACAGCCGGCUCCUCGUCGACCGGGUGGUGCCGCUCUUCUCGGCCGUGGUCGGCCUGGCGGCCGAGCUCGCCGGCGUCGCCGUCGGCACCUUCGUCGGGACCCGGAGCGUUGCGGGCCCCGUCGUGCAGGCCGUCGCCAUCGAUCUCGGCGGCCAGUGCGCGCAGAUCGCCAACCGCGCCGCCAUCUACGGCAUCCUGCCGAGGGCCAGGAACAGGGUCAACACGGCGUACAUGGUCGCCUCCUUCCUGGGCCAGCUCACGGGGACGUCGGUGGGUAAUAGGCUCUACGCCGAGGGCGGGUGGGUGUACAGCGGGAGCUGCAGCAGUGAGUGA